AUGGCUUCUGAGCCUCCAUCCUCUCCGCCAGGCCCUAGUGCCACCGUCGAGGAUACUCUUGGCUGGUACAAGUCGCAAUACGAACAACUAGAGAGCGAACUCGCCGAAUUCAGAGACUCAAGCAGAGAACUAGAGCAAGAGUUGGAGAAGGAUAUCGAGAGAGCAGAGAAGCAAGAACGUUACCAUCAAGAAAAGGCCGAGGCUUUGGGGUAUGAAGUGGAAGAGUGGAAGAGAAAAUAUAGGGAAUCAAAGUCCGAGGCUAGCGCAUCCCAGAAUGCGCUCGAGAAAGAAAUCACAACCCUUCGAGAUACCAACCGAACUUUGCAAUUGAAGCUGAGGGAUAUCGAGGUUGCCAACGAUGAUUUUGAGCGACAGGCGCGCAACACCACGUCAUCAUUGGAGGACAUGGAAUCCAAGUACAACCAAGCGAUCGAGAGGGCUGUUAUGAUGGAGGAGGAGAUCAAGAUUGUUGAGCAGGAGCGUGAACAACUACGUAUCGAGUCGCAGCGUCUGCGUGAAGAAUUUGGCGACCUCAAGAUCGAAGCCGAGCUUCUUCAGGACAAAAUCAAGAAGCAGGAGUCUCGACACUUGUCAACCAUCUCGACCGACAUCUCUGUUCUUGCGUCACCGACAUUCGACGGCCAUCCAGCCUCUCCCGGUUCUACCGCCAGCUCUCCUCUCAUCACAACACCUCCCGAUUCCAAGUCGCCUGUGCCGACUGAGGACGGCGAUACUCUUUCCGAGCUUCCUGACCCACCGUCGCCUCCCAUGUCUGAUGUUUCUGCGCCUCUUCCCAAGGUUGCAGCUUCAAGGGCACAGGGUCACCGCAGAACUGUUAGUCGCUCUCGUCUGCCUUCAGCCGACGUCAGCACCACACCCAAGCCUCGUUCGAAGCCCCCUACAGCUACGUCGGCGCAACGCGCACCUGGCAGCCGCAUCUCGACUGGUGGCCAAACCACGAUGCGCACUCCUGCCCAGCGUGCUGUUGGACCUCGCUCGGCUUCGAACAAGCUUCCUACCUCGAACUCGCUUACCCACAUCCGAACUCUCACGGCGCAAAUGCAGCGACUUGAGGCUCGUGUGCACUCCGCGCGAUCUAAGCUUCCCGGGCCGACUCGCACACCUCCCCGAGCUUCACCGCGGACCAAUGUAUACAGCGCCACCGCCAUGCCUUCAUCGGUUACGAUCCGUUCUCGCAAGCGCACUAGUGGUUCCGCUGCAUCUUCAGUAGCAGGCGACGAGCCUACCCCUACCAUGCCCUCAUCUACGUCCAAAGGAAGCCAUGUUCCUCGACUUAGCACGUCUGGAGUCAGCCGACUAUCAUUUGGACCGUUGCCGAACCGCGGAGGCCCGGAUGAGAUGAGCAGGCCAAGCUCACGUGCUAGUAUGACGUCGUAUGCUCGGCCACCUUCUCGAGCUGCCGGCGAGGGCAUCCCACGACCAAUUUCACGUGCAUCACUCACAGGCUCACGAACACCCAUGGGCCGAUCUCGCUCCUCUAUGGGAUUCCACGGUCACUCAGCCAGCAUCAGCCAGCUUGACCUAGAGGAAGAGGACGAGGGCGAGUUCCGAACACCAAGCCGCCGAGGUACAUACUCGAACCAGAAUAGUGAAGGCAGUGGUAUUCCCAUGCCAUCACUCCGUCGGCGAAGCGGCAGCCGACGGAUCAGCAACGCUAUGAGGUCCAGCGUAUCCGGACCUCCAAGGAAACAACUGAGCGAUCUGGGAGAGACAUACUAA